CGUGGUUUUGGUUCAAAGCUUUUUCACUCUGUUUUGUUGCGUCAAAAGCAGCAGAAAAUUUCGAAAUGUCUCGCUAUUCACGGCCUCCUAACAGCUCACUUUACGUGAGAAACCUUCAUCCAGAGACAAGGCCUGACGACCUUCGGCGAAUGUUCGGCAAAUAUGGCCGUAUAACCGACGUUUAUAUUCCACUGGACUACUAUACCAGAGAACCCAGAGGAUUUUCCUAUGUACAAUUUGAAGAUAUACGUGAUGCAGAAGAUGCCUUAUACUUCCUGGACAGGGCCAUACUGUUGGGCAGAGAGUUAGAGGUGCAGUUUGCUGAAGGGGACCGUAAAACACCAUCUAGCAUGAGGAACAAGGAGAGGAGAACUAAGGGCUCUUUUGAAGACUAUAGAGAUGACAGGCGCAGGUCAAGAAGCCGAAGCCCAAGGAGAAGAUCAAGAAGCAGAAGCCCAAGGCGCCGUGAAAGAAGCCGAUCUCCAAGACGUAGCAGACGCCGAUCCCACUCAAGAUCCCGCUCCCGUUCCCCAAGACACGAUAGAGAUGAUCGCAGAUCAAGGAGAGAGCCAAGACGUGAAAAAUGCUCAAGAUCCAAGUCAGGAUCACGCUCUCCAACCCCUGCCAGAUCUCCAUCCAGAUCAGCGUCAAGAUCUGAAUCUCCAGCAAGUGAGAGAGGCAAGGAACAAGAGGAUGAACGGGAAGGACGCAGCAGAAGCCCUACCCCUGAAUAGAUGCACUGCCACUUUUAAGUAUCUAAAGUCAAAUCUUCCAAGUUAGAAGAGAUGAAAUGAUAGAAAGUACUGACCUGGGGUUAAGAUUUUUCAUCCUUCAUUUACUUUAGUGUGUCUCAAUCUUUACUAGAGGUCUUCAUAUGCAGCAUUUGUGUUAAGUAACUCAAGUAUAAGUCUCUUAUUAACCCUUCCUUCCACUAUACCAGGGUUAAGAUUUUUCACCCUUCAUAUACUUUAGAAUGACUCGAUCUUUACUAGAGGUCUGCAUAUGCAGCAUUUGUGUUAACUCAAGCAUAAGUCUGUUAUUAACCCUUCCUUCCACUAUACUAGAACAGUAGCCAGAAGGAGUGCGAAGGGCAGGACAUAGAUCUUAGGGUGUUGACAUAUAGAUAGAAAUUAUUUAGGAUGGCCCUAAUUUUUUGUUUUCUUCACGAGUUCUUUUUUAGAUGGGAGCCAAGACUUCUUAGACAAACGUGCAUUGUUUUUUAUUUUCUUUAAUAGGAUCAGCUUAUACCUGUGCUAGAGUGUAUACCUUAUAUCCUUAAAAAAACUUGAGUAACAAUUGUACAAAUUAGUGCAAAGUUACAUGCAUUAUUACAUUUUGAUGUACAACUAUCGAUGCAUAAACUUAACCAAGCAUGAUUCAAUAUGGUUUACUUAACUUGCUAAUUUGUGCAAAUUUGUACAAUAUCUUACAACGUUUUCAAGGAUGUUAGUAUGCAGUCUACCAUAAUAUUAUUUAACGUUAACAUUACCAAGGUUUAAUAUUAACAGUAUUGUCAUUCAUAAAGGAACCAAGGAACAUAGCCUUAUACUCUUGUAGUAACCAUGAUAUUGAAUAACUGAUGUUGAUUUUUUUAGUUUCAUUACCCUAUUUGAAUCCAUGUAAUAAACGUUUAUUAUAAAAAUG